UAGUCAGACAGCGAGAUUGUAAAGACUGAUUACCUGUAGGGUCUCUUUCUGAACUCCAUCUUUCUGCAUUCAGAAGGAAUUGUAAGAUUCGAGGGGAGUGAAAAUUUACACCAGACCUCUCUCCCCCAUAUCUAUUCCUCCAUGUGGGCUAACCAAAAGAAAAAAACAGACAAAAAAAGCUUCUCCUUCAUAAAGUAUAAUUUCAUCUUUAGCUGAUCAAUUCUAGUUUAUGUAACUAAGAUGUAAUAAUUGCAAUACACUUCAAAUGUUGCCAUUAAGACUCUUAUCCCGCCUGGCAGGGACUGGCGGAUGUGAUAGCUCAUCUGGUGCUGGCCCCGACAGAAAGGGGGAGUGCCCAAAGGGAAUUACCACCGAUUCGAAGAAAUUUCAAAGCCUCAGUGUGUUGUUUAGGUCUGAGAGGGCAGCUCACCGAGUUCUCCUCUGCUACAAAGUGGCUAGGAGAAGUGGAUGGACUAACCUAGUCGCUGUAGCCCACUGAAAAUCCCUCCAACAUGUUCAGGAGGUUGAGAAGGUUGUUGGUUCCUGAUCCCCCGCCGGCCCAGACAGCUGCUCCUCCAAACGCACCGGCUCCCCCAGCCAAGGAGGAAACAGUACCAGAAGAGAAAGACGAGAAAGUAGAGGAGCCAAAGUUAACAAGUGAAAGUAAAGAGGAGGAAAAUGGAGAGAAAAAAGAAGAUAAAGUCAACGACACGAAGAAUGAUGAUGAGCCAAAGAAGGAAGAACCGACAACAGGUCCUACGCCAGCCAUUCCGGCUGAACCUGCUGCUCCUGCUGCCCCGGCAGAUCCAGAAGGAGCUCAAGGGGAAGGACCCCCCUCCACCCCCCCUGUUGUCUACUCCCGAUACGCAGACGACGUCCUCAGAAGUGUCAUAAAGAAGUUAAGAGAAAGAAACGAGUUCCUCAAGGAGAAAGCUAUAGACCCUUACGCCACAUCUCCAGAAAUCACCCCACCUGUCACACCUGUUUUGAGAAAGGAGGAGUAUGAACGACAGAAGGAAGAGGAGCGGGUAGCCAAAGAAGAAGAAGAGAGAAAGAAGGCAGAGGAAGCGGCCAAAAAAGCAGAGGAGAAAAGGAAAAAGGAUGAAGAGAAAAGACUGGAGGCUGAGAAGAAAGCAGAGGAGGAGAGGCUGGCCGAGGAGGCCAGGAGGAAGGGAAAGAUUCUGCCAGACAUCAGCUGCUCGUGCUUUGAUGUCCUCUUCCACCCAGUGGAGGAGAAGAUGGAUACAGUGUUGGGAAGCACUAUUGAUCCGUUCACAGAUCGUCGGUACAUCGCCUGGUUGUCUGUCGUAGCCGUUGCCUACAACUACAACAUCUGGCUGAGCCCCGCCCGGCUGGCCUUCCCUUACCACAGCGAGACCGCCAACCCGUUCUGGAUAUUCUUUGACGUCCUCUCUGACGUCGUAAAUGUCAUCGACAUCGUGGUUUGGCAGCCACGGCUGCAGUUUGUCAAAGCUGGAGACAUUAUUAAAGUUAGAGCCAUGACUAAAGUGCAUUAUCGGAAAUCCUAUCGAUUUAAGACAGACAUUUUCAGCAUCAUCCCUUUUGACCUUCUCUCUCUACACUUUGGGUUCUCCACCAUAUUCAGAGUCAACCGCUUCAUCAGGAUAGAGUCUUUCUUUGAGUUCAGUGACCGACUUGAAAGCAUAAUGGCCAAAGCUUACAUCUGGAGAGUGGCCCGUACCACCGGCUACCUGCUUUACAUGCUCCAUCUCAACGCCUGUGCUUACUACGUGGCCUCAGUGCACCAGGGUCUGGCAACAACAACAUGGGUGUACGAUGGAAAAGGCACAGCGUACCUGCGCUGUUAUUACUUCGCUGUGCGUAGUCUCAUCAACAUCGGGGGCCUUCCAGAACCUGUGACUCUGUUUGAAAUCAUCUUUCAGAUGACCAACUUUUUCAUUGGAGUUUUUGUGUUUUCCAGUCUGAUUGGACAGAUGAGAGAUGUCAUAGGAGCGGCCACAGCAGCCCAGACGUACUUUCGGGCAUCGAUGGACGGCUGCGUCGCCUACAUGAACACCUACACGAUCCCCAAGAUGGUUCAGAACAGGGUGCGCACCUGGUACAACUACACCUGGGCUUCUCAGGGAAUGCUAGAUGAGUCGGAGCUUCUGGAAAAGAUGCCUCUGGUGAUGCGAAUCGCCAUCGCUGUGGACAUAAACCUGGCCACCUUCCAGAAGAUCCAGCUCUUCCAGGGCUGCGACCAGCAGAUGUUGGUGGACAUGUUACUGAGGCUGAAGUCCAUCAUCUACCUGCCAGGAGACUUUGUCGUGAAGAAGGGUGACAUCGGCAAGGAGAUGUACGUCAUCAAAAGUGGAGCGGUGCAGGUGGUGGGAGGUCCUGACAACAGUAUUGUGUUCGUGACACUGAAGGCUGGCUGUGUGUUCGGAGAAAUCAGCUUACUACAGUCGGCUAAAGAUGGAGGGAACAGACGGACGGCUAACGUAAGGGCGUAUGGUUUCGCCAACCUGUUUGUUCUGGAAAAGAAAGACCUGUUUGAUAUCCUCGUCCACUACCCUGAGUCUCAGAAGGUUUUGGCCAAGAAGGGCAGGCAACUGGUUAAAUCAAAAGCUCCUGCAGGGGCUGCAACCAAAGAGGAGAAGCAGAAAGGCCUGGCUCUGUUUGGGCAGAGACCCCCGACGCCGAAGCUCUUCAAAGCAUUUGGCAACCUGCGCAAAUCAGGGCUCCUCGAGAAGCUCAGGGUGAGAGUCUUAGACCGAUGUUUGAAUUGAUGAAUAAUCACUCAUGAUACUCCGUUCAGUCAGAAGACUUUGUCCAAUCACCACUGACAUCAAUUACGUUCAUCUUGAGGAUUAAAGAUGUGUAAACCAUGUCUGUUUUGCGGGGUUAAGUUGUUAUACAACAAAAACAGUAAGGUAAAUGAGAAUAAUAAGGUGCAGAAGUUUGAAUUUAUUGUGACAUUUUUCUAAUCAACACACAAAUGCAGGCUCACAUCUAUACAUACAGUGCCUUGCCAAAGUAUUGAAAGGCACUAGCCCACCACCGUUUUGCAGCGGUUCCAGGUGAAAGCUGCUUUGGAUCAGUCUCCACAUCUGGCCACUGGGCUUUUUAAACCAUUCCUCAAGGCUAAAACUGCUCCAGCUCCUUAAUGUUGGAUGGUUAUUGAUUACGAUCAAGGAUCUUCAAGUCUAACCACAGACUUUCAAUUGGAUAUGGGUCUGUCCAAAACAGCCAAAUUACUGGUCUAAUUACCUCCUCAGUGUGUCAAGUCUCCAGAGGCCUGGCAAUAAAACAUAUGUUUGAUUCAUGUGUCAAAACAGGAUAAUCAGAAGAUCUACGCCACCACUAAGGUUCUAGACCGCCAUGAAUUGAUAACUGAACCAGCAAAUUUGCCUGUGGGAGAAAUAUUUUAGCUUUGAAGAGUCGAGGUGAAACUUUCAAACCAAACACUCCACAUACGGUCAGCACAGGGGAUUGUGGGAUGCAGUCUACAAGAUCUGGACAUGAUUUAUACUGCACAAGUCCAGAAAAGUGCCAGACGUAUUGCAAUAGAUCCCACCCACCAGAACAAAGCACUGUUUGUCCCACUUCCAUCAGGUAAACUAUUCAGAAACAUUGAAUCAAACACCAACAGAAUCAAUAAACUAGCAGCCCAGUUCACAGUCUGUUACCUGCUUCCAAACAUGCUGCUGGUUCCACAUGGCCAGAUGAGAAUCAUUUACACUGCCUCUCACGUUCCAAUGUCUAUUUGCACACUUCAGUUUCUCAGGGAAUGUCUGUUUGCACAUCCAUGCAAAUUGCACAGUUCUGUAACUUGAAGAUGUAAAUGUAUUUGCACAUCAUUUUACUGUGUGCAUGAGAGUAUCAACG